CACACCAUCGAAGGGACUCGGCGCCCCUAAAGCGCACUCGGGGCCGCCGCUCCCUCCGCUCCCGCGCAGCGAGCGGGGGGUCCCCGUGGCUGGCGCCCGAGGCCGCUCCGGCUGCUAUGUAAGCCAGCGCCAGCCUGCGGGAGGCAGGGAGACUCGGGAGAAGAGGUUCGCGCGUGGGAGCCCCCCAAAACCUCCAGGGGCCAAGUUUGCGGUACUUCUCGCUCGCGCGCCCUCCCCGAACCCCUUGGUUCGCGUGGCUGGCCCGGGCCGUGCUCCGUCUGUCUGCUCGCGUGCCCACCGGCGGCCGCGCUUCCCGGCGAUCAUGGUGACGGUGGACGAGCUGCGCGAGAUGGACUGCAGCGUGCUCAAAAGGCUCAUGAACCGGGACGAGAGCGGCAGCGGGAACCACGGCGCCCUGGGGCUGCUGAGCGGCGGCAAGUGCCUGCUGUUGGACUGCAGACCGUUCCUGGCGCACAGCGCGGGCUACAUCCGAGGCUCCGUGAACGUGCGCUGCAACACCAUCGUGCGGCGGCGGGCCAAGGGCUCCGUGAGCCUGGAGCAGAUCCUGCCGGCCGAAGAGGAGGUGCGGGCUCGCCUGCGCUCCGGCCUCUACUCGGCCGUCAUCGUGUACGACGAGCGCAGCCCGCGCGCUGACAGCCUCCGCGAGGACAGCACCGUGUCGCUGGUCGUGCAGGCGCUGCGCCGCAACGCCGAGCGCACCGACAUCUGCCUGCUCAAAGGUGGCUAUGAGAGAUUUUCCUCGGAAUAUCCAGAAUUUUGUUCCAAAACUAAGGCCCUGGCGGCCAUCCCCCCCGCGGCGCCCCCCAGCACCGCGGAGCCUCUGGAUCUGGGCUGUGGCUCUUGCGGAACCCCUCUGCAUGACCAGGGGGGUCCUGUGGAGAUCCUCCCCUUCCUCUACCUUGGCAGCGCCUACCACGCAGCCCGCAGGGACAUGCUGGACACCCUGGGCAUCACGGCCUUGUUGAACGUCUCCUCUGACUGCCCCAACCACUUCGAAGGGCACUACCAAUACAAGUGCAUCCCAGUGGAAGACAACCACAAGGCGGACAUCAGCUCCUGGUUCAUGGAGGCCAUUGAGUACAUCGAUGCCGUGAAGGACUGUCGCGGGCGGGUGCUGGUGCACUGCCAGGCGGGCAUCUCGCGCUCGGCCACCAUCUGCCUGGCGUACCUGAUGAUGAAGAAGCGCGUGCGUCUGGAGGAGGCCUUCGAGUUCGUCAAGCAACGGCGCAGCAUUAUCUCGCCCAACUUCAGCUUCAUGGGGCAGCUGCUGCAGUUCGAGUCGCAGGUGCUGGCCACGUCGUGCGCCGCGGAGGCCGCCAGCCCCUCGGGGCCCCUGCGCGAGCGUGGCAAGGCGACGCCCACUCCCACCUCGCAGUUCGUCUUCAGCUUCCCGGUGUCCGUGGGGGUGCACGCGGCGCCCAGCAGCCUGCCCUACCUGCACAGCCCCAUCACCACCUCCCCCAGCUGUUAGAGAGCCGCUCCCCACGUCCCCCCCACUGCAAACC